CCCGAGUCAAAAUUCUGCGAAAGGUACAAUUUUCUUUUCAAAGCAGAUAUGGAGUGAAAGUUAUGGAAAAGUGCGCAGUCACCAAAGAUUUUGUGGUGAACGAUAUGGUUGUUGAAAAUCCAACACAUAAGGAUGUCGAUUUAGCUGAUAUUUUAGGGGCCAAUUGGCCAACACAUGCCGGGGCAGCAGCUAUGAUUUUAAAUAAAAAUAAAACAUCUGUGGAGGGCAACAGUAACGACGAGGGUCAGCCGAAAUCUUCGAACCCACUAUCGAUAGCAGUCAAAGAUGAAUCUUUGGGUCACACAAUUUCAGAUUAUCAACGCCUGAUUGAAAUACCAGGAACAGAGCUUGCAAUUGGCUCCCUCGUGGAAGUAUCUGAUUCUGGCGUGUGUGGAGAUGUGUAUGGUGUAAUAAGAUGGAUUGGUAUACCUCCAGGAAUUUCUAAAAACGUACUUGUUGGAAUAGAGCUUGAAGACGAACCUUCCUUGAAGAACAUUCCAUUGUCAGAUGGAAGUUACAAUGGCCUUCGCUUUUUUACGUGUCACCAAGGUCGGGCUAUUUUUGUAACGUCCGACAGGUGCAAAACUGAUCGCCGAUUCACCGAUAAAGACAGCUACCAUGUAGGAAACAAGAUCACUAACAAUCAGGAGAUAAACUUCGGUGCCGUCGCGUGCCCUUCUAUUUCUGGUUCAGUACCGCCACUGCGAAUACAUAGUUCGGAUGAACUCCAGAAAAUUUGUGGAAAAUUCAAGGGAAUACAAGGACAUCAUAACUCUUGCUAUCUUGAUGCGACACUAUUUUCGAUGUUCACUUUUACUAGUGUGUUUGAUUCUAUACUGUACCGAUCUCCAGGACCCAAAGAUAUUCGGAAUUACAGAGAUGUUCAAAAGGUUUUGCGGGAUGAAAUUGUUAAUCCAUUGAGAAAACAAUUAUUUGUGCGAUCUGACAGCGUUAUGAAGCUGCGUGAACUAUUAGACCAACUCAGUUCUGUAAGUGGUCUCACAUGCGAGGAAAAAGAUCCUGAAGAGUUCCUGAACAGUUUACUAUCACAAAUUAUGCGCGUCGAACCAUUCUUAAAACUUAGCUCCGGACAAGACUCAUAUUUUUAUCAACUGUUUGUGGAUAAAGAUGAAAAACUAACAUUACCAACUGUCCAGCAACUUUUUGAACAAAGCUUUCAUUCGUCGAAUAUCAAACUAAAGGAGGUUCCCUCUUGUUUUAUUAUUCAGAUGCCUCGUUUUGGAAAAAGUUACAAAAUGUAUCCAAGAAUUUUACCCUCGCAAGUUCUAGAUGUGACAGACAUAAUUGAAAACUCUCCUCGACAGUGCUUUCUGUGUGGAAAACUAGCUGAAUAUGAAUGUAAUGAAUGUUUUGGAAGUCUACAAGUCGGCUCAGGUCUUGAGUGUACAGCCUUUUGUCAACAAUGCCUUGUUACAUUUCAUAUGCAUGCAAAAAGGAAUAAUCACGUGCCUACAAAAAUAUGUAUUCCCAAGGACUUCAGAAUUAUGGCUGAUCAUAUGGUAGUACCACGCGUGUACAUGGAACUAUUUUCAGUUGUUUGUAUAGAAACAUCUCAUUAUGUAGCGUUUGUAAAAUCAGGUUCUGGGCCAGAUGCACCAUGGUGUUUUUUCGAUUCAAUGGCUGAUAGAAAGGGUGAACAGAAUGGAUAUAACAUACCGGAAAUGACAUGUGUUCCCGAAUUAACACAGUGGCUUUCCGAUGAAGGUGCGCGCUCUAUUAAUGAAACAUCACCUAAUGAUAAAGUUCUACCUGAUCACGCCAAGCGUAUUUUUUGCGAUGCCUAUAUGUGUCUGUAUCAAAGCACAGACACUAUGAUGUACCAUUAAUAAAAUUAAUAAAUAUCGUAUGUUUUUAAUAAAACUUUUACAAUGCCUAAAA